GAAGCUACCAUACCCAUACAAUAAGCAGGACUCGUCUAAGCAGGCAUCUAUCUAUGCGCAACUUCCUGGACGUAGGCAAUCUUAGCAGACCUUUCUAGGUACUCAGUCUGCUCCUUGGCAGCCUGCUAUGUCUAUCGUUGCCGAUCGCGUGCGCGAGAUCGACGCACAGCUUGAUCGAAUCGCUCUGGGAUUCGGCAGGCUUCCUCCUCCAGACCUGGACGAGCUAUCGGACGCCGCCAUUCACGGCACCGAUGAUGUCGAAACGGAAUACGCCAACGAAGCCUUGUCCACUCCUCGAGUACAGGAGCUUCUCCGCAUUGUCAACGCCCUCUCUUCUGCCUCGUCUCCCCUGUCCCAAGUAUCUCCACAUCGCAUUCAAACCCUUCUUCGGCAAUCCCGGCUUGCCGACCUUGGUGAUGUAGACUCCCUCGCCGACAGAUCAGGUCCAGACAAACUCCACCAGUCCAAUGUGGAGUGGCUCUUAAUCAGCAGGGCCACUGUCCAAGCCUAUGGGCACCUCCUCAACAUGCUCUUCGAACAGAUAGUUCCUCUGAGCGAUGACAUCCAAUACUGGGAGGAGACUCUGGGCUCUUAUACAUACACCAUUCUUUACACCAUACAAACGUCGCCCCUGCGACUUUGGGACACUUUUCACAGAAUUCGAUGCAGCGUCCACGAUCAUAUUGGCAAUAUCGAUGUUGAACAUGAACCCCCUCCUGGGUCUGCUUGGAAGGGUAUGGCUCGCUCAUGGGUCCAGUUCUAUGGCAUAGUUCAAAGAAGCGUUCGCGAGCGCUCCAUGACGACCAUUCGGGGCAAGGUCCUCUCUCCAGUGUCCCGGAGCCGCCGCGAGGUGCGUCGGCAUCUUGCCGAGCUCAACAAGCUGAAAGACAUUACCUCCACCGGCCUGGGCAUGCUGGUCGACGAAGGCCUCGCCUUUGGAAUGGAUAUGGACGACGCUAAGACCGACGAUGAAAGCAUGGACCUCCUUCACUGGAAACCUGUUGUGUCUAAGACGGUGGCAAUGAUGGAUGCGGUCCUUGAUAAAAUCAUGGAAUUAGAACUUUACCCCCAAGAUUUCGAGACUAGCGUCUUCCGCACCAUAUACGAGGAUGCCGAGCUCGGUACACAGUUUGACGAUCCCCAAGCGCCCCUGCGAGUCUCUGCCGCCGCCCAACGGCUGCUAUACAUCCUAGAGCACAAGCUUCCCCAGAGAACCCGCGAAUUGCAUGAAGAAGUACGGGAACAUGGGCGGCCAUCGGUAUUGGUGCGGUAUUGGCUUCCCGCAACGCUGGCCGCUCUGUCCUCUACCACUGUCCUGCGCAUCCUCGUUAACAGGAAGGCCGAGUUAGCCACCUGGGCACGAGAUAUCGCGGUGACAGCUCGAGAUUUCUGGACCAACUGGGUCAUCCAGCCGGUUCGCAACAUGGUUCGCACGAUUCGACACGACGAGGCGAGUGAUAUCGCUAUAAUGAGCCGUGACAGCCUCAAGGCCGAUCGAGAGAGCCUUGAGCGCAUGGUGGUCGACUUCGCCCUUGACAAUCCGCACUUCACAGGGGCGUCAGGCCCGCUCAGCGACGCGCAAAUCGCGGUGCUUCGGGCCAAAGUGUACGAAGGGGAUUUGACCCCGGUCCUGCGGGCGUAUGAGACGGAUCUCCGUAGACCUUUUAGAGGCGCGGUGCGAGGGGACCUCGUCCGAUCACUUCUCAUACAAGUGCAGAAGACCAAAGUCGACCUCGAGGUAGCAGUCAGCGGCAUCGAUGCUCUGCUGAGGAGCCAGGAGCUCGUCUUCGCCCUGGUGGGUCUAACCCCGGGUAUUCUCGUUACCGCGGGGGUGGUUCAGUACAUACGAGGAGUCUUUGGCGGCCGACGUGGAGCCCGUACCCAGCGCCAGGGAGACCAGGUGCUACGGGUAAUGCUGAAGAUCGACCGCAUCUUAACCGAAGCGACACCGACGGCCAAUGAAUUCCUCCAUUACCGGGAUCACGGCCGGUUAUUGUGCGAGGUGCACGUGCUGCGAAACGCGAUGUCGAAGCUGCUACCGCGGCAUAUGGAAAAGGAAUUUCUGAAGGAUCUGGAUGACCUAGCCAGCCCUAAGAGAUACCCAGUCCAAGUGCAAACUUUCAACAGAAUGAAAUGGGCCUAUGCAAAAUGGGUGCGGUGAGGCGAGGUCUCUUGACGCGAGGAACACACUCGAUGAGUCAAUGUCUUUUACUUGAUGGAACCAGGUGGAUAAAAGGUCUGGAGCCGUUGGUGGCUGUCUCCCUAGGCGCCAUGAGUCCGAUGGCGAGUGCAGCUUCCCGGACUUGUCGACGAUAUCUGCUCCGUACGGGUGGCCGUCGAAUUUGCUCGAAAAAAGUAUCAUCAGCAUAACAGCGAAUGGUGUCUGGACAAACUGGAUUAAAAAGCAUGGAGAGGCCAGGGUACGCUAGUCGAAUAAGGAAUACAGAAACAUCGUUUUUAGAUCAAACGG